AUGAGGCAAAGGCGAUGGUUGGAGCUAUUAGAGGACUAUGAUUUGACUAUCAAUUAUCAUCCAGGAAAAGCCAAUGCAAUGGCGGAUGCCUUGAGUAGAAAGACCUCGAGUAAUUUGGCUACCUUGAUCACUGACCAAAAGAAUAUCUUGGAGGACUUGCAAAGGUUGAAUAUUGAGAUUAGAUGGCAUAACCAUGGAGUGCAAUUGGCAAACCUUAGGGUUCAGCCCACAUUGAUUGAUAGAAUUAAAGAUGCUCAAGGAAGAGAUCCUCAGUUUCAAAAACUUAAAGCUGAAAUGGAAAUAGGGCUACAGAUGGAAUUUUGUAUGCAUAAAGAUAGAACCUUGAGAUUUGGAGAGAGGUUGUUUGUGCCCAAUGAUUUAGAGCUCAAGAGAGAAAUCUUGAGAGAAGCUCACAGUUCAGGGUAUACUGUGAAAGUUGAACAUCAGAGACCUGCAGCUUUUAAGGUAGGGUUCUCCUUAGAGAGGUUUUCAAAAUUGUAUAUCAAGGAGAUUGUGAAGUUGCAUGGUAUUCCGGUGACCAUAGUGUCUGAUAGAGAUAGCAGAUUUGUAUCUAUAUUUUGGAGGAGGUUGCAUACAGCUUUGGGUACUAGUUUGAAUUUUAGCACGGCCUUUCAUCCUCAAACUGAUGGACAGUCAGAGAGAACUAUUCAGACACUUGAAGACAUGUUGAGGCCUUGUAUUAUUGAUCUUAGAGGUUCUUGGGAUGAGCAUUUGGCCUUAGUAUCACCUAUUUGUUGGGAUGAUGUGGGUGAAAAGAAGUUGUUAGGGCCUGAGAUUGUGCAACAAACAGUGGACAAGAUCAAUCUUAUUAGAGAGCAACUUUGCACUGCACAGAGUAGACAAAAAAGUUAUGCAGAUAACAGGAGACACGAUUUGGUGUUUGGGGUUGGAGACCAUGUGUUCCUUAAGGUGUCUCCUAUGAAAAGAGUAAUGAGGUUUGGUGUUCGUGGUAAAUUGAGUCCCAGAUUUGUUAAACCAUUUGAGGUUUUAGAUCGAAUUGGAGAGGUAGCGUACAGACUUGCCCUACCACAUCCACUAGUUGGAGUUCAUAAUGUCAUCCAUGUUUCGAUGUUGAGUAAGUAUAUACUGAAUCCCAAUCAUGUGAUUGAUCAUGCACCGUUGCAGUUUAAGGAGGAUUUGACCUAUGAGGAACACCCUAUAAGAAUUGUUGAUAAGAAGGAGCAGGUUUUGAGGCGUCGAGUCAUCCACUACAUUAAGCUUCAAUGGAGCAAUCACUCGGAGAGGGAAGCUACUUGGAAACUUGAGGAUGAAAUGAGACAAAAGUAUCCACAACUUUUUGAGACUACAAGUAUGUCAAAUUUUGAGGACGAAAUUUCUUUUACGAGGGGAAGAAUGUAA